AUCACAUGUCUUUUCUUUCUUUUAGAUUUGUGUGAAUGAAAACUGCAUAGACGUAGGAUUUGUGAUUACAGUCUCCCUGGUCUCUCCUGUUGCUGUUGUACUGGGAGCUCUUGUAGGCAUUCUCUUCCUUUCCUCUCUGGUGUUUCUGCCUUUGAGAUAUAUUCAACACAAGAAGAAGACAGGAACUGAGAAUUUAGAAAGACUCUCUAGCUUCAACAGGAGCACAAUCGGAAUUCCUCUUCUUCCUUCUAACACUGGCUACGUGGGUCCUUCUGGGACCCCAAAUAGUGGCUCUUCUAGAGCGCGACUUGGAAGUGUCUCCUACACAGCCAGCAGUGAUGGGUCUGCUGUGCCUUUCAUGCGGGUGCCUUCGUACUCCAUUAACAAUUUUCGGCCAGAAUUGUUGGAAGAAGUGAAGGAUGUCCUCAUUCCAGAAAAGGAGCUGAUUUUGCACAAGGAUCAGAUCAUUGGCAAAGGGCAUUUUGGGAGUGUUUAUCAUGGUACUUACAUAGAUUCGUCCCAGAGAGAGAUACGGUGUGCUGUUAAAUCUCUAAACCGAAUUACUGACUUGGAGGAAGUGGAAGAAUUCCUGAAGGAGGGGAUUCUGAUGAAGAGCUUCCAUCACCUCCAUGUCCUCUCUCUCAUUGGGAUCACCUUGCCUAAGGAGGGUCUCCCCCUGGUGGUGCUACCUUACAUGAAGCAUGGAGACCUCCGACAUUUUAUCCGUUCAGAGCAGAGGAACCCCACUGUGAAGGAUUUAAUAGGCUUUGGGCUGCAAGUGGCUCGGGGGAUGGAAUAUCUGGCCCAGAAGAAGUUUGUGCACAGAGAUCUUGCAGCUAGAAACUGCAUGCUUGAUGAGACCUUUACAGUGAAGGUGGCAGACUUUGGGCUGGCCAGAGAUAUCUUUGACAAGGAAUAUUACAGCAUCCGGCAACACCGCGGGGCAAAGCUGCCUGUCAAAUGGAUGGCCCUUGAGAGCCUGCAAACCCAAAAAUUUACCACCAAGUCUGAUGUAUGGUCCUUCGGGGUCCUCAUGUGGGAACUGAUGACACGAGGGGCCUCUCCAUACCCUGAGGUGGAUCCCUAUGAUAUUACCUGCUACUUGUUGCAAGGAAGAAGGUUGCCCCAGCCUGAGUACUGCCCAGAUUCUCUGUACACCAUAAUGCUUAACUGCUGGACACCAAAUCCUGAGGAGCGGCCAACUUUUUCCAGCCUGAUCACAGAGGUGGAGCACAUUGUAGUCUGUCUAAAGGGAGACCAUUACAUUAACCUCAAUGUCACUUACGUCAACCUUGAUCAAGGCCAUCCCUUUCCCCCUUCAAUUAGUCGGGAGGAAGAGAUUGAUUCCAAUGGAUUGAGGGAGGAAGAGGAUGCUUCUGUGUGUUAAAUGAUACCACACACAGGUCAGGAUGUACGUUGCUGGGUGUUAAACAUGAUGCUUCAUAGGCGUGUAUUCCUGGGGUUUGGCUGUUCAGGCUUUAGAACUUCCAUAUGGAUUUUGCCGAUCUGGUUAAUUCAUGAAAGCUGCAAUCUGAGGUCUUCUAUGACCUGGAUCCUGCAGCAAGGCUCAGAAAAAGGUAGAGAUAAAUUCAUUCCUUCUGUAAGAGGUGGGGCAGGUUCCCUACAGCGUUAGGAAAGAGAUACUUUCAGAAUACUUGGUGAUUUGUGUGUUGGAAUGUGUUUUUACUAAGGGCUGUAAAGUAAUUUAAUGUGGCAGCCUGUGGCUGUAUUUGUAUAUAGAGACAAAUAAAUUUACUGUUAUGAA